AUGCAAGUACAUCAACCUAAGGACCCUCUUAUCUUGGGAAGGCCAUUCCUAGCUACUGCAGGAGCUAUAAUAGAUGUCAAGAAUGGAAAGAUUGACUUGCAUCUUGGAGAUAUAGUGAUGAAUUUCGAGGUAAACAAGUCUAUGGAGAAACCAACUGUAGAUGGUCAAGCUUUUUGGAUUGGAGAGCUCGCAGAGACAAGAGAAGAAGUGCUGGAUGAACUCCUUCUUAUUGAUCCCUUGGAGCUAGCUUUGACAAAGGCUGAGAAUGAAGCUAUAGCUUAUAUGGACUUAGAGAGAGAAGAGGAAGAGCCAGACAUUGACAAGGAUCAGGAAAUAUCACAAACCAAAGUUAAGUUCGACCCAUGGUGCCCACUUAGAGCUCCAAAAGCCGAGCUCAAACAACUCCCAGUUGGUCUAAGGUAUGAAUAUCUUGGUCCUAAUGAAACAUAUCCUGUUAUUGUUAAUGCUGCACUAACAAAAGAAGAGACCGCUUUACUUGUUCGCGAACUGAGAAAGCAUAGAAAGGCUCUUGGUUACUCUUUGGAUGAUUUAACAGGAAUCUCACCUGAACUAUGCACACAUCGCAUCAUCCUGGAGGAUGAGUCUAGUUCUUCAAUUGAACAUCAAAGGAGGCUAAACCCAAACCUAAAGGAAGUUGUCAAGAAGGAGAUAAUGAAGCUAUUGAAAGGCUGGAGUGAUUAUCCAAUAUCAGAUAGUGCAUGGGUCAGCCCUGUACAUGUCGUGCCAAAGAAAGGAGGGAUCACAGUCAUCAAGAAUGAACAUGAUGAGCUCAUUCCAACAAGGACAAUCACUGGACACAGAAUGUGUGUCGACUACAGGAAACUGAACUCCUCCACGCGCAAGGACCACUACCCCUUGCCAUUCAUAGACCAGAUGCUUGAGCGCCUUGCCAAUCAUCAAUACUACUGUUUCUUGGAUGGAUACUCAGGAUUUUUCCAAAUUCCAAUCCACCCAGAUGAUCAGGAGAAGACUACAUUCACUUGUCCCUAUGGCACAUAUGCUUAUAGGAGAAUGCCUUUUGGAUUGUGCAAUGCUCCAGCUACAUUCCAAAGGUGUAUGAUGUCCAUAUUCACAGAUCUCAUAGAAGAGAUUAUGGAGGUUUUCAUGGAUGAUUUCUCAGUAUAUGGUUCUUCCUUUGAAUCAUGUUUGGGGAAAUCUUGGAAGAGUGCUACAGAGAUGUGA